AUGGUACCAAAGAUAGCAAACGCUGCUCUUGCAUUAUCCUUAAUGCUCCUUCUAGCCUUAUCCACAUGCUCCGACGCCAAGCCCAAGUUCGGCAACCUCAAACAGACCAACAUGGCCUUCUACAUGUACGACUGGGAGACAGGCGUCAACAUCACCACCAUCCCGGUCGCCGGAAUCGCCAACAAGCAGUGGGGCAUCCUCCAGUUCGGGACGGUCUUCGCCAUCGACGACAUCUUGACGGAGGGCUCGGACCGGAACUCCACGCAGGUGGGGCGAGCCCACGGCAUCUACGUGAACUCGGCGCUGGACGGCUCCGAUCUGCACCUCCUGUUGUCCAUUGUUUUCACCAACAAGCAGUUCAACGGAAGCACCCUGGAAAUACAAGGUGCCGACCGCUUCUACUUCAAGCACCGGGAGGUGUCCGUGGUUUCCGGCACCGGGAUGUUCCGGCUGGCCAGGGGCUAUGCUACGCUGGAGACUCUCUUUAUUGACAUUCCCAACUCCAACGCUCUCAUCCGGUGGAACUUGACCGUUUUCCAUUACUGA